GUUAGAGUUCAUAACAACUUCCAGAUCCAUUAAAAGCUGCUUCUGUUCCCGCUCAUCAACCGUAGACCUACAGAAAAAAAGGAGAUAUGCACCUAUCUUUUGCUGGUUGCGGAUUCAUAGGAUUGUACCAUGUUGGUUCUGCAUCCUGUAUCAAAACAUUUGCUCCGUUCUUGCUUCAGAACAAGAUCGCCGGGGCCAGUGCCGGGGCGAUGGCCGCCGCGGCGCUAAUAGGGGAAGUGUCCAUGGCCGAUAUGGCGAGGGAGGUGUUGAAGGUUGUUAUUAGUGCUUCAGAGAAGAUAUUUGGACCUUUCAAUCCUGUGUUCAGUCUUAACAACAUGUUAAAGGAGGGGUUAGAACGAGUUCUUCCAGAAGAUAUUCAUAUCAGAGCAAACAAUAGACUACACAUAUCUUUAACCAGAGCUGCGGAUAGGAAAAAUUUGAUCGUUAGUGAGUUUGCGUCUCGAGAAGAAUUAAUCAGUGUUAUCCUUGCAUCUUCCUUUAUUCCUCUUCUAUCAGGAUGGAUUCCUCCAAGGCACAAUGGCGAGUUUGUAGUUGACGGUGGAUAUACAGAUAAUGCUCCAAGGUUUGACGGGAAUACAAUCACUAUCUCCCCCUUCAGCGGAGAACAUGAUAUCUGUCCUAGGGAUGACUCAGAGAUCGGAGCUCUUCUUAAUCUCAGUCUUUCGACCGGUCCCACAACCUCCGUGGCCCUCUCCAUGGAGAACAUGCAGAGGUUCAGGAUGGCAAUGAUCCCACCGAAACCCGAGGAUCUCCUGGCAGUGUGCAGGCAGGGGUUCGAUGAUACUUUUGAGUAUCUCCGCUCUCGAAAUAUCAUCCAGUGUGAGUCUUGCCGAGAGGAGAAGCUUAAACUGAACCUGGAGAAAAUGCAAGAUUGGAAGCGUAAACCUGAUGCGUCCUGUCUCGAAUGUGACGCAAUGUUUCGUGAUGCUCGGCUUCUUAAUCUUCCCCUGGAUAUCUGUGAAGUGUUCCAGGAAGCGCUUGAUGAUAUGAGAAUGCGAAACUCAGGUUUUGUUGCUGCCAUGUCAACCAUUGCUAUUUCUCCGUACACACUCUCCAAGCAUGUUGCAAUUAAGUCUGCCAAUAUUAUGCAAAUUAUUGUUCCUUGGGAAUCCUAUUUUAAAGCAGUAUUGGGCCUAGCUCCAGACUUUGCUGCUUGUCCUUUUGCUUCAUAAUUUUUAUAUUGCGAACAGUUAUUUACUCUGUGACAAUUAUAUCUAUUUUUCUGUGACCAGCCGGUUUCAUUGUAACAACUCCCUGUGAGAAAGAAAUUUAUAAUUAUUUUACGGGUUUAUUGGAAAGGAAGGACAACAACGGUGUUUUAUAAUAAAUUUCAAGAAUAUUUUUGAAAAAUUCAAAUUAAAUGUAAACUUUUUUAAUUUAAACAAACCCUCAACAAUAAUUUCUAAGGUUGUUGUUGUCCUCGAUCCUAGAUAUCAUUCCAGUGUUAAAAUUUUAGGUUUCAUAUGUUUAUUAUACAUUUAUCGCUUUAACUGUUUUUUUUUUGUAAAUUUAACAAUUUGCAUGUAUUAAUAAUUUUGGCAUUAUUUUUACUUUCAUUCGCAUAGGUUUAUAUAAGAAAUAUAUAUAUUAAUCUUGACUUAAAAAAUUUAUGUUUAUUAAACUGGAUUAGUGUUUAAACUGCAUGAUACUGUUUUUAAGA